UGCAACAUUACAAACAUAUUAACAAAUACUUUAUAGUAACAUAUAGUACAUUAAAUGUAGUAAAUAAUACAUUAUUAUUUUCCUAUUAUUAAUUUAGUUAAUACCGCUUUGAUUAUUUUACUAUCCCAGGUACAAUGCUAAGAUUGAGUUCUCAUAAAAAAUAAACUGAAAAUAAAUAAAUUCAAGAGACACUGCAUUGCUUUGUGUUGAAAUCCAACACACAUGACCAUGUUUCAAUUGUACAUAUGUAUAUGUAGUUCGUAUGUAUGAUUGUCUUCCAAUUCACUCAUUAUCAUCUUAUUGUUGAGUUGUUCUCAAAAUACAUUAUAAACCCCGGCAUCAUCGAUGUGAAAACGCAGAGGAAAAUUAUUGCUCCAUCACAUGCUUUAGUCAUCAACUCAAAGCAGCAACACAUAUUAGUUUCGCUUUUUCAUACCGUUCCUGAAAUAACAAAUACGCAAUACUGUGUUACUGCAUUGCCUGUUUCACAAUCAUUGCUAUUGUAUUAUUCGAACUUUGCGAUAUUUGCGCGUUGAAAAAGAGAGAAAUAUCUUCCAUCACCACCCUUUUAUGAUUCCCUAGGACAUUCGGUCAACAAUUAGCAAACGAUGCUUUUGAAGAAGAAGCAGCUUUCAUUUCAUGCGUGGUUGCUGUUUUACCGUUUAUGUGCCAUUUUUUCCUUAGCUCACGGUGCAGUGUUUCCAAUCAUCAUUAUUGAUAUUUAUUUACUUUCUAUAUAUAAUAUUUUCAAUACGAUGUACUAAAUUAAAUUGAAUUAACUAAUUGUCAAGUAUGGGAAGAGUUCAUAUUUUAUGUUGCCUUUUUCGGCAACUAAACCCUGAACUUUGAAAAUGGUAAAAAGUGAAAGCAUUCAUAGUUGAUUGAAGUCCACUGGGAAAGAAAUACUUUAAAUCAAAGAAAUUACAGCAUCUUGAGACAUAAAAGUUAUAAUAUUUAAACCGAAAUAUGAUCAAAAUUCUAUUCGUACUGGUGGCUUUCAUAAGCCCUCACUAUGUUUGUAGCGGUGAGCAAAGCGGACUUGUUAACUUUUGGUACACUUGCGAUUUCCAAAUGGAAUCCGAUAUGAAUGACCUGAGUGACGAAUGCCGUAAAAUAUAUAGCCAAAAAGCGGGCAAAAGCGAUGUCUAUGAACUCUAUAAAACCGAAGCGGAAAUUUUUUACAAAUUCCGAAAUAAAUUGGUGGAAUGCGAAAGCAAUGGCAAAACAUGCGCCUUAAGUGAUGGUCAAAGUGAACUGGAAAUGCCACUGCUAAUCGGUUAUGAUAUCAACAAACGUAUGCGUUUAUAUAAAGAAGCCGAAAUGAAUCAGUGUUACGUAGAGACCACUAAUAAUAUUGAAUUCAUAAAAUGCAUUAUAGAAACUCGCAAGAAACUAUUGGCCGCAUUAAAUCAGAACUGUUCCAGCAUGUGAGAGCGAUAUAUGUACGAAUGUAUAUUUAUGUAAAAUAUGACUAAAAAUAAAAAAAUUAAAUAAUUUUGA